AUGGGCAACAACGGCGAAAAUAUGACCACGUCUAAUGAGAAUCCCGUGGAAGGGGGCGCCGGGAAUGGGGACACCCCAAAGGAGAGCAAAGGAAUUACCUUUGCUAACCAAAACUCACUGCCAAAAUUACCUAUACCAGAUCUCGAGUCGACUUGUGCCAAGUAUUUGGAGGCUUUAGCACCGUUGCAAAGUAAGAGAGAACAUGAAGCCACAAAGGCUGCCGUGGAAGAAUUCAUGACAGGUGAAGGGCCUGAACUUCAGGAGAAGCUGAAGAAAUAUGCUACUUCCAAGUCGAGCUAUAUAGAACAGUUUUGGUAUGAUUCUUACUUGAAUUUUGAUAACCCUGUCGUUCUCAACCUUAAUCCAUUCUUCCUGUUGGCGGAUGAUCCGACGCCAGCAAGGAACAACCAAGUAACAAGAGCAGCAUCUCUUGUCGUUUCUGCCUUGUCCUUCGUUCGGGCAGUACGGAAAGAGGAACUUGCGCCGGACACAGUACGUGGGAAACCACUUUGCAUGUUCCAGUACUCACGGCUAUUUGGGACGGCGCGAGUACCUACCCCCAAUGGCUGUGUCAUUGGUCAGGACUCUGCAUCUAGACAUCUGGUAGUGCUAUGCCGAGGACAGUUCUACUGGUUCGACGUGUUGGAUGAAAACAACGACCAUCUGAUGAGUGAGAAGGACAUAUCUAUUAACCUUCGAGUGAUUAUCGACGAUGCAGAGCAGACACCAAUCCAGGAGGCCGCAAAGGGGGCGGUGGGAGUCCUGAGCACCGAGAGCAGGAAAGUAUGGUCUGGGUUGAGGGAUAUCCUGACGCAAGAUAGAAGCUCGAAUAACGCAGAAUGUUUGAAUAUCGUCGACACUGCGUUAUUUGUGCUCUGUUUAGAUUCCACAGAGCCGUCCAACGUGGCAGAGCUCUGCGGGAAUAUGCUCUGUGGCACAGGCAAGAUUGUUCGGGGAGUGCAGAUAGGGACAUGUACGAACAGAUGGUACGACAAGCUGCAGAUUAUCGUUUGCAAGAACGGCAGUGCGGGUAUAAAUUUCGAACAUACCGGUGUGGAUGGCCACACUGUGCUUCGCUUCGCCAGUGACGUCUACACGGAUACCAUCCUCCGUUUUGCCAGGACUAUCAAUGGCCAGGCACCGAGCCUGUGGGCAUCCAGUAGCCCUGCACCAUGCAAACGCGACACGGUAAAUCGGUUGGACGACGCCAGCACUACGCCUCACAAGCUCGAAUGGGACAUGGGCCCCGAGUUAAGUACGGCGCUGCGGUUCGCUGAAUCCCACCUGGCAGAUCUGCUGCACCAGCACGAAUUUCAGGCCCUGGAUUUCGCGGGGUAUGGAAAGAACUUUAUAACCAGCAUGGGCUUCUCGCCGGAUGCGUUUGUGCAGAUGGCGUUCCAGGCAGCUUACUAUGGAUUAUACGGACGCAUCGAGACGACGUAUGAACCCGCGAUGACGAAGUUCUUUCUGCACGGAAGGACGGAGGCGAUUCGCACCGUCUCGACCGAAUCGAGCGAGUUCGUCAAGACGUUCUGGGGCGAUAACCCGGUGAAGGAGAAGGUGAGGGCGCUCAAAAGGGCGUGUGAGAAGCAUGUCGACACCACCAGGAUAUGUUCGAAGGGGCUGGGCCAGGAUAGGCAUCUCUAUGCGCUCUACUGUCUCUGGCAGAGGUCGUUUGGCAGUGGUCCUGCAGUGCUGGAGGGGGAUGGACCCUCACCUGCAGCCAGCACGCCGGACGAAGCGCACAGUACGCCCAACUCCCGCGGCGGCCGCCAGCUACCGACGACGCCAGCGCUGUUCAGCGACUCUGGCUGGGAGAGGAUCAAUAACACGAUCCUCUCGACGUCGAACUGCGGGAACCCGGCCCUGCGUCAUUUUGGGUUUGGGCCGACAUCCGGCGACGGGUUCGGAAUCGGGUAUAUCAUCAAAGACGACUCGAUAUCCAUCUGUGCGUCCUCGAAGCACCGCCAGACCAGCAGGUUUAUGGACACGCUAGAUUCGUAUCUGGUUGAAAUACGCAAGCUACUGCGGGCUACGGAUCAGGCCAGCGGGAAGGGCAAGGCUGCGUCUGUACAGGAGCAGGCUGGAAGGACCGAACGCAAAGGUCGAGGACGAAUGAUCCGGACAGACUCCCUGGGCCUCAUGGAUGGCAUGGAGAGCGGCGAUGACGAUGGGAUGGGCGGCUACGGCUUCUUCGACGCGGGAAUGCUGCAGCAUGCGCUGAGGGGGACGAGUACGGGCGAGAGGGAGGACGGCAAGGCCUCUCCGCGACGCCUGGUGGGCAAGAGCCUGAAGUUUAACGAAUACUAG